ACAACCUUGAAAGUGGCAGCAAUUUGAUUAACUUUGACAUUUGUUUGUCGUUUGUUUACUUCUUUGAGGUCUGGAGUUUAGACCUUCUAACUAUCCUUUUAUUUACUUUUAUCAGUUGUCGAAUCAUGAUAGUUAGAAGUAAUAGAAUUGAUGUGCUAGCUAAGAAUCCCCGUAAUAGUGCUAUUUGAGACAGGUAGAAAUAGAUGAACGUAUUGUAUUUGGAAUUCAUAAUGAGGGGAAAAAUAAAGUACAAAAUAUUCAUUAGUUCUUACAAAUACCACGACUACCAUAGCCUUAGUAAGAAUACAAAUCUCUGUAGUUUAUUGUACUUCUCCUUAGGUUCGUCACAUGCUGAUCCAAUACACAGUUGGACAGAUAAUAUCUGUCCAACUGUGUAUUGUAUAUGGACUCGUGUGAUCUAAAAUGUUCUCUUUAGUAUUAGCGUUGAGCCUAUGAGCAAUGAACAGUUGUCUGCACGCUAUACCAUUCGACCAGGUAGUGACUGUCUGCAGCAAAAUGAGGGCCAUUAUCAGUCACCAGUACCAUAAGAACCCCUUCCCAACUAAAAACGUUCCUCAAUGUUUGAAUUGUUAAGUCAAUAUGGUGAAGUUGGGAAAAAGCUUCAGGCCACUCAGAAAAAGAACCAACGGCAACAAGUUCACAGCAUUUGCCGAGAAAUGGACCACUAUAGUCUGCAUGAAUUCUCUGCCAGGCCUUAUACGAUACUGGUCAUGGAUGAUUUUUUGACUUACGACAUCUUCCACGAUUGCUUUCUGUAUGAAAUCUGGGUUUAUCUCCAGCCACCAACAUAAGAGCCUUUCCUAUAUGUUCACUAUGAGGAUCUUCAAUGACAGAUUCACUUAAUGUAGGAGGAAUAACCGCACAAUAAUUUAAACACAGAAUACCAUCAGGAGUAGUAAAUAACUCAUCCCGCUUUUAAAAAACAGACAAGAAAUCUGCGUUUCAGGUUAGAAUUUCAACUUAUUUUUUACAGCAUUGAGUUUGUAUCCAAAGCAUCGCUUCAUAUCUGGUUUAAAACCGUUAUCGUCAACCAGUUAUCCAAGACAUUAAAAACUAAAUACACAAAAUUGACACUUACUUGGAUUUUUCGUGAUACUCUUCCCAAUUAAACGAUUCUAUAAAACAAGUAUCUGAUCAUGAGCUACUUUAUCAGAACCAUGGAUAAUAAGGUCAUCUUGAUAAACUUCAAGAUCGCUGACUACAUUAUUCAUCACUUCCUGAAAUAUGGCUGGAGAGCAACUUAAACCAGAUAAAAGUUGUGUUUGAAUAGACCAAAAGGAGUAUUAAUUGUCAAAAUAGAUGAAGAUUGAUCUAAGGAAAUUUGAAGUCAACUUUCGAGAGUACCUUAGAACCAUGAAGUUGAUUAAUAAUAUCUUCAGCUUCCACUGUCGUUCAAACAACAAACGAGAGUCCAAUGUUAAUCUAUAGUCACCACAUAUUCUAGGGGUCUUGCCCUCAAGCUUCAAUGGCGUAACAAUAGGAGUACCCCAUACUAAAGGCUGGAUCGAUUCAAUUAUACUUUUCGCACACAGAUUGUUCAAUGUUUUGUGUACUGCUUCCCGAAGACCGUAAGAAAUUAUUCGUCUUUUAAGAAGAAACUAGAACAUCCUGUGUUUUAAUUUUUAUGGGCUGAAUUCUCAUUGCUCCACUGCAGUUAGCACACACAGCUAUCAAAUCUUUAGGUAGAGCAUUAAAAUCUUCCCUAGAAACUAAGAAAAACAACUCUAAGCCUUUUCAAAUUUUUCAAACCCAUUAUUGAUUAUCCUGUUUCACUAACUAAAAACUCACAAAACAUGUAUGAAAAAUUAUCAUCUCGUAAUAUCAAUUCACAGCAUCCUCGUUUGGGCAGAUUGUGUCCAGUAAUCCCCAGUACAGAAACUUCAGUGGAUCGUACUACAACGUUAAAAUCCAAAGAUUUUAAGUUCUUAAAUGAAAUAAUGGACUUUAUAUUGCCUAUGUCAACAAUAAAGUCAUGGAACGAACCAAGGGAGAUAUACAAACGCUUCCGAAUAUGGAAAUGACCUUUCGAACAUUUUACGUGUUCCAGUCUGUAAUUAGAUAGGCUGGGACCGAAAUAUUAUAUGAUAUAUAUCUUAAGUAUUAGGAAUGGUUAUUGGACAUUUUAAUUGUCAUCGUUUCUUGCUUGACUAAAUAUCCUAUUUAUAGUGGUUGGCUUCAAAUUAUUUUUGUAUGCUUUUUUGAUAAAGUUAGGUUAUAAGUAUACAAUUUAGCAUCAUUGUGUUGCUGUUGCAUUUUCCAAAAAUUUACCGAAAAUUUUCAAUGGGACUAUCCAAAAAUUUACUUAAAUCUGAUCAAUUUUGUCCCAAAAUUGGGAGCUUGCGAUUGUUUUCAAGAAAUCAGUCCAUGAACUUAGCACAAAAUCUGUCUAUGGUAAACACAGUAUUCUUCAUAUUCCAGACAUAUUUCGAAAAAUGAUAUUUCACAGGCUCGUUCAUACAUAAUCCCUCUUGAGUUUCUUUUGCACAGUUGUAUUGCAGGUAAUCACAAGCACUAAAUAACUUUACGCUCGUAUCCUCUUUCUAUUAUGUGCCACAGAUUACUAGUUCAAUGCUACUGGCUCACCCAUAUAAGGUUUACUCAAGUGUUUCCAUAUAUUUCCACUUGUUUAUUUUUAGAUGUGACACACGGAUUUUACACUCUAAGAACACCAGCGUACGUCUCCAUUAUGUAGACGUUUCAUAGUGUUAACCUAUAGACUAACAGACUUAUUUCAUUAACGAAGUUACUGUUUAAAUUUAAAGCUAGGUGCAUGAAAGACAACUGUAGGCUUUUAACGUCUGGUGGAUGGACUUAUGAUCGAAAUUAACAUGCGUCAUUUUUCGUUAUUCCUUCGAUAUAUAUGCUCUUAUCGGCUAAAUAGCAACCAUUCUAAGUCCCUUAUCAAUCCUGUAUCUAAUAUCUAGCUUAGUUGAUAAGACAGACGAUGGACAUUGGGAUAGUUAAAACAAUGGGGAUAAGUGCUUCCAUAUUUUGAACUUUCAUUGUCUCUGACAGUUACGUACAUUUUGAACUUUCGGUUCGUGUCUUGUUCACGUUUUAUUAAUUCUCAUUUCAUUUUCUCGUUAUCAUUCCAUACCAAAGGCUGACAUGAAAAAUCCAAUCGAAUUAAAAACUGAAGCUAAUGAGCUUUUUAAAAAAGGGCUAUACCGAGAAGCUAUUGGCUUAUAUGACGAAUGCCUUGGUUUAUAUGGGGUUGAUAAGAGUAUGAAAUUGGUGUUACAACGCAACAAAGCCCAGUGUUUUUUAAACCUGAGAAACUUUGGUGACGCCCUGACGGCUGCACUGGAAGCUCUCAGUAUCUCUCCUGGUGAUCCAAAGGCGCUCUAUCGUUGUGCACAAGCAUAUGAAGGUAAAGGAAUGUUAAAAGAAGCUUUAGAAACUGGAAGAAGGCUUAUUCUGGUUGAUCCUAAGAAUAAAGCAGCUCAGAAUCUGACUCACAAACUGGAAACUUCAGUUGCUUCGUACGUCGCAGAAUCUGAAAGCCUUACAGGGAAACUAAACAAGAUGUUCGACAUCGUAAAUGACAACUCCAGCUCUGCCGAUCAAAUAGAACAGGCUAUAGUUAAUUUAUCUAUCUUGAUAAAAGAAAACCCCAAAGUUGCAAGUUCGCUGAUCUGGACAAAUCCCAGUUUGUCGAAGAUUUAUUCCGUUUGCCGGAACUUUAAUCAUAAGUUGACCAUUGCUUGUCAUCGUUUGUUGGCUCAGCUUGUGGAAAAUGAGCGAGAUCGGGGUCUUACUGUUUUACAUGAACUUACACCACAGUAUUUUGUAAACGGGAUAUUUUCACGUAAUCCUGACCAUUCGCUGGAACGAUGUCGAUUUUUAAAUGCUAUAUUGGAAUCACUUACUCAGUUGAAAGCUUAUCAUUGUGCUAAAGAAGCUGCAAGCGUUCAUGAGGAGACUGAAAGUAAAAAAGUCGCACCAUGUUCUUACCCGAAAUACAAGAUUGACUCUACAGUUGAAAAGCCAGUGGAGGAAAUUUUAACAAGUCUUCUUCGGUCUGUAAAUAGCUAUCGGUUAUGCCCCAAAACUCGAGACUAUAUUUUGGAAAUAUUGGUUAGAUAUGUACCAUCUGAUAAAGGUAUUGGAUGGUCACAGAAAAUUUUUAAAAUAGAAGGUGUUAUCGAUUCUUUACUAGAGAUAGCUUGUGCAAGUGGAAUAACCUCAUUAAGAAAUUGGCGUUCAUCUCGUAUUAAUAAACAUACCAAUAAAGAACUAAUUUCUAAUAAACAUGAAAUAUCAUGUCAAAAUUCACCAGAUGGAAUUCGUUUAGCUACUACAAGUGAUACACGUAUGACUGUAGCUUGUUUGUUAGCUAAAAUAUGGGAUGAUUUAACUUCAGACAAAAGUCGAGAUGAAUACACCAAAAUAUGCAAAGAUUUUAUCAUUGAAUUAUUCGCUGAUAACUAUAUAGAAAGUAAGGUUGAAGCUGCUUCAGUUAUUGGUACAUUAUUCCUCGGACCUUAUGAAGUUGGAUCAGGAAUAAUUUCUCAAGAAGGGGUUUUUGAUGGUCUAUUACUUCUUACACAAUGUGAGAAUAAACUUUAUCAGACAGUUGCAUUAGAUACAAUUGUAAUUGCCACACAUAAGAAACAACAAUGUUUAAGUAUAAUUUCUAAAGCUGUUCCUUUAUUACAAUCAUUGUAUAAAAGUGAAAAUGAUGGUACUAGAAUUCGAGCACUUGUUGCUUUAUGUAAACUUGGUGCCGCUGGUGGUACAGAUGCUAGUGUGAAAAGUCUUACAGAAGGCUCUAAUCUACUUCUUCUCAAAGCAUGUCGUCGGCUAUUAUUGGGUAAACGACAACCAGAUCCUGAUGUAGAUGAUAUUUCUGCAAAUAAAUCAGCCGAUGUUCAUUUUAAUUCUGAAGGAGAAGUUGUUGUAGAUGAUAAUGAUGACGAUGAUGAUGAAAUUCGAAUUGAAGACGUAUCAGCUAGUCAACCAGUGGAGAAAAGAAAGGAUAACAAACCUGUAAAUGGUUCUACUGCUAGUACUAUUCAUUUCGAUGAUUUAGAUUCUGCUCAUUGGGCUGUUGAAGGUAUGGCUUAUAUAACAAUGAAUGCAGAUGUUAAAGAGGAAAUAAUUAACGAUGGUCAUUUAGUGUCAGCUUUAUUACGUUUUGCAGAACAUUGUCAAAAAGACUCAUCAUUUGCUUUAUGCAGUGUUUUAGCUCAUUUAACGAAUAGUUUUGAACGUCAACAAAUUGAACCGGAAAUCCUUGAAUUAGCGAAAUUUUCUAAACAACAUAUUCCAGAAGAUCAUCCAUACGAUUCAGAUGCAUAUAUUCAAGAACGUCGUCAAAAAUUAAUCAAUAUGGGUUUAGCUUCUUCAUUAUAUCAGUUGACAAUGCGUGUAGCUACUGCUUUGGUCGGAACAAAUCAGGGUUUGUUCGAACUAAUUUCUCGCAUUUAUUUAGCCUGUUCCGAAUUAGUUGAAUGUCGUGGUAAACUUGUACAAGGUGGUUCUGGGAAAGCUCUUCUUAAAUUAUCAAAGAGUACUUUGAAUACCGAUACAGGUAAAACGUUAGCUUCUCAAGCUCUUGCUCGUUUAACUAUCACUGCAGAUCCACGUGUAACAUUUCCAGGACAAAAGUCAUUGGAACUUGUUCGCCCACUGCUUCAUUUAAUUCAUGCAGAUUGUAAUGCAUUACAAAAUUUUGAAGGUCUAUUGGCUUUGACAAAUUUAGCUUCAUUGGGAGAUACACAUCGUUAUCGUAUCAUGGCAGAACAUGGAUUACCGUUAAUUGAUCACUGUCUUUUUGAAGAUCAUCCAAUGAUCAGGAGAGCUGCAACAGAAUGUGUAGCUAAUUUAGCUCAAUCUCAUGGCUUUGUUAUAUCUUCCGGUGGUACUAUUCCUUUGGAUGAUACAGAUUUAGCUAAGAAAUUAUCAUAUCUUACAUGUCCUACAGAACGUGUAAAAUUGCUAGUUUUAUAUUGUGGAGAAUUAGAUGAUUUACUUCUUGUACGUGCAGCUUCUGGAGCUUUGGCCAGUAUGUCAUAUGAUCCAGGGAUUAUACGGAAAAUUACUAAUGUCUCCUCAUGGUUUGAGAUUAUUCAAACACUAGCUGGGCACUUUUCAUGCGCGUUACAACAUCGAGCCGCUCAUAUCUUGCAAAACUUUGUUCUACAUGGUGAACGAUCUCUUGGUGAAUACUUUUGCAAAUCAAACAUGUUUGAAGUUCUAUUAUCAUUGAGUCUAUUGCCAGAUAUCGAUCCGGCGGAUCAAGUGCUACCGGAUAUUAAACCUUUGUAUCCCGGGUGCAGUGAUGGACGUAUUCGGGAAUUAGAACAAAAAGAUCGUGAGAGCACAAGAGAAUGUUCCAAAAAAGCUUUAGAACGUUUAAAAGAGCUUGGACUUGUGCAGAAAAUUCCGAACUAAUGAGAAGAAAUAGUCGUUAAAAUAACAAUGAACAAGUCAGACAUACGCAUUUCCAAUUUUUACUUUAAAAAAUUAUUUACUGGUUUUUAUGCAUGUUGAUUUAUUUUAUGAAAACUUUUAUUUGUUAGUAUUUUUACCGAAUUUAUCAAUUAAAGCCCACCGCAUGUUGCCUUAAAUAUAAUUUAUAUCUCAUAG